AUAAUAUGGGAAUUGAUCUUAUCGCCGGAGGUAGAACCCCAAGUAGAAAUAAGAAGAACACCAAGUCCACCAAUUUAUACUUGCACUUGCUUAUUAGAUUAUACAGAUUCUUGGAUAGAAGAACUGAAUCAAACUUCAACAGAGCUGUUUUGAGAAGAUUAGUUCAAUCCAGAAUUACCAAGGCUCCAAUGUCCAUCUCAAGAGUUGCCACCCAUAUGAAGGGUAAGGAAGACAAAAUCGCCGUCUUGGUUGGUACCGUUACCAAUGACAACAGAUUUUUGGAUGUUCCAGCCUUGAAGAUCUGUGCUCUCAGAUUUACUGAGACUGCAAGAGCCAGAAUCACAAACGCUGGUGGUCAAUGCAUCACUUUCGAUGAGCUAGCACUUCUUGCCCCAACUGGAAGCAAUACCAUAUUGCUCAGAGGACCAAAGAGAAGAGAAGCCCAGAAGUACUUCGGAAAGGGAGCUGGUAUCUCAGGAAGCGGAACUCAUAUCAAGAAGCAGAGCAAGAAAUCCUCUGAGGCCAAGAGGAAAUAAGCCUUGAUAAUAACUAUAUGAAGCAAAUCCAUCU